AUGCGAAAACGUGAUCGGGCGAAGAAAAAAUCAUUUAAGAGUAAAUUAGAAGACGAUUAUAUUAUUUAUAAACGUCUAAGGAAUGAAGUCACUAGUGCUAUUCGAAAAGCUCGGAUACAUUAUUUCAAAGAGAAAUUAGAUAAAACUGCUGGAAACCCUAGAGCCUGCAGGAACCUUAUGAAAAUAGUACUACCCUCAAAGCGCAAGGAGAAAGAAAUUGAAAAACUAAUUAUAAACGAGAACGAAAUUAGGGAUACCAAAGAGAUUGCUAACUGUCUUAAUUCGCAUUUCACAACAGCUGCAUCUCAUUUAAAGUUUAUGAAUUACAGCGAAGAAGAAAGUUCGACUCUUAAUACGCCAGAAGUCCCCCCAAUAGAAACGAAACUAGAACCUGCGACGGAGAUGCCUUGCUUUGAAUUUUAUAGCGGUAUUCCUGAGAACGGUGUAAAUUUAAUGUUAAAGAACUUAAAACCAAAUAAAGUUGCGGGGGCAGAUACGAUAGCUCCAAAGAUACUUAAUAAAAUUGCUGCUGACAGUUUAUCACCUAGUAUAACAUCCCUGAUUAACCGUUCUUUAAUAAGUGGGUCCUUUCCGGACCAAUGGAAAAUCGCGAAAGUUAUCCCGAGUUUCAAAGGCCAGAAAUCAUACGAACGCGAUAAUUAUAGGCCAAUUUCCCUAUUACCGUGUCUGUCCAAAAUCUGUUAAUCCGUAGCAAACUUACAAAUGAAUGAGCACCUUACUGCUUUAAAUGGCACAAAUGAAUCUCAUCAAUUUGCAUAUACUAGAAAUAGCUCGACUACAAUUGCAUUGAUCAGAGUUCCCGACUCUUGGAAGUUGGCAAUCGAUCAGAAAAAACACACUGUUAACGUGUUCCUAGACCUGAGAAAGGCCUUCGACAUUAUUAACCACGACAUCCUCUUAAAUAAGGUCAAAGUUCUCGGUUUUGGUAUCAGGGUUAUACUCGAUGGUUUAAAUCCUAUCUAACGGACAGACAACAAUACGUUUAUUGUAACGGAGUGGAGUCGGAAAUUAGAAAGAUCACCAGUGGCGUACCCCAGGCCUCUGUGUUGGGACCGUCGUUAUUCAGUGUAUACUAUAACUCGAUCGCGGACUGCUUCGUUCAUUCUGAAACUACAUUAUACGCUGAUGAUUCUGAAGCGCACUGCUCCCACUUUUCCGUACAUGGUGCUGAAACAGCAAUGAAAAAUGAUCUUCAAAACAUUGAACAGUGGUUGAAGGCGAAUAGAAUGAUUGCGAAUAUUAAAAAGACCAAAACAAUGUUAAUCGGUUCGCGCCCUGCUCUUAGAAAGGCUGAAGCUGAAGAUAUACAGAUACAUCUUUUUAACAACAAAAUAGAAGAA